AUGAGCGACGCCAAGAAGAUGGAGGACACGAAGUUCUACACGGAGAUGCAGCUCGCGACGAAGUCGCUGCUGCGCCAGGCGAACACGAAGCGCAUCGCCCAGUCGCACUACACGGCGCCGUCCUUCUCGGACCAGCUCAACAUGGACCUCGACGACCCCGGCAAGAAGCGGAAGAAGAAGGCGCGCCGGCCGCGCAAGGACGGCGAGGCCGAGGAGCCGCGGAUGAGCGCGACGGCGUCGGGCAACAUCGGCGGGUCCGACCGGUCGUCGCGGCUCUCGGGGCUGCUCGGCCUCCACCGCAAGAAGGCGAAGCGGGCCCAGAAGGAGCACAUCGAGAUGCCGCCGGACGUCUCCGAGGAGCGCUUCGCCCUCAUGGCCGCGAGCGUGCCCCGGGGCACGGCCGGCGGCGACCACUCGCGGAGCCUGCCGCUGCUCGGCGUGCCCGCGCUCGAGGAGCACCAGACCGCUCCCAUGCGCGUGGGCGCGUCGCAGCCCAUCCGCGUCGCCGCGGCGGUCUUAGCCGAGGAGGUCGCGAGCCAGGUCGACGCCAAGCUCACGCAGCGGCGCCAGCAGUCCUGGGGCGCCGAGCUCGAGGCGCUCGCCGUCGACAAGCGCGGCUCCGUGCCGAACAAGUACGACGAGCUGCCGUCGAUCCAGUCCGUGGAGCACUCCCUGUCCCUCGCGCGCGAGACGGCGGCCCACGCGGCCAAGGUCGCCACGGCGGCCUUGGACGACGAGGCGGAGAAGGCCCAGGGCGCGUCGCGCGCGGGCGCGGGCGUCGCGACGGCGCGCGAGGCGGCCUACAAGACCAUGGUCGACGACGACUCCGAGGACCCGCGAAGGCGGACGGGUCCGUCGCGCCAGCGGAGCCGCGAGCGCACGACCUUCGACCCGCGCAAGGGCCAGCGCCUCGCGCUCACGGCCAGGUCCGCGUAUCUGGAGGACCAGGCCGCGUUUUUGGAGCCGCCGCGGAAGACCGUCGCCGAGGCGUCGACGGAGCGGCCCGUGGCCAUUUCGCUCGACGAGCUCGUCACGUCGGCGGCGAUCCGCUGGCGCCACCGCGACGAGACGAACUGCGAGGAGAAGUACCGCGCGUACGCCGCGGAGCUCGCGGCGUUGGAGCUCGCGGCUUUAGAGACGGGCUCCGCGCCGCCGGAGAUCCCCGUCGUGCGGCGCCACCCCGUCUUCCAGCGCAUCGAGCACCUCGCCUGGUUCGAGAUCUCCGCGGCCGUGACCAAGGCGCGCGACGUCGACGGCGUCGGGAAGAUCUUCGCGACGGCGUUCGCGUCCUUCGGCGUUCUGCGGGUCGAGCUCUUCGCGCACGCGACGGUGGACCACGGCGAGCUGGCCUUAAAGGAGAUCACGGAGGGCCCGGACCUGUCCCACAUCAAGUCCGCUCCCACGUUCAUCCCCCCCACGGUCAUCGCGCCGCCCGUGGCGCCGAAAUUGCCCCAGAUGGAGUGCAUCCUGGACGGCGUCGACUGCUUCGUCAAGGGCACGGCCAUCGCGGACCUGGGCGUCCAGUGCAAGGUCUGGAUCCACCGGCGGCGCUGCCGCUGGAGCCGGCGGAGCGACGACUUUCGGGCCUGGCGCUGGCGGUUCACGAUCUACCACGUGGAGACGGGGCUCCUGCGGCGCCUCACGGUGUCCGAGGUCGCUUGUCUGGCCGCGGCGCGCAAGGAGUUGAAGACGGACAAGCGCUACGCCGAGAAGGUCGAGGAGGGCGAGGCCGCGGCCGCCGCGGCGACGGCGCGCGACGACGCGCUCGCGCGCGACGUCUUCUCCUUUUUCGAGGACGACAAGGGCAAGAUCAAGCCCUUCGACGUGGAGGCCGGGCCGUCCUACGAGGCGCGGCGCCAGGUCGUCGAGGAGGACUACCGCUGCUCCCUGGUCGAGGGCGGCGAGGCGCGCGGGUCGAACGCGCGCGCGCAGGCGCUCGGCCCCGUCGCGAUGGCGCUCCUGCCGCUCCUCAAGCUCGAGCGGCGGCUCCACACGACGAAGGAAUUCCUCGCCAUCGCGAAGAAGGUCUACGCCAAGGCGGACCCGAGCGGCAAGUCCAAGGCGACCGCGUCGACGCUGCUCGACACGCUCCGGCGCGACGGCGGCAGUUUGGCCACGGAGCUGAACCUGCCGCCGGUCUUCAACCCGCCUUUGGACGGCUACACGCGGCCGGACCCGAAUCACGUGCUCUGCCGCCGCUUCUUCAACGGCUUGAAGGGCGUCGUGCACCGGCCGCGGUCCGCGCGCGUCCGGAGCGGCCGGUUCCCGAAACGGCGGACCAAGGACCAGGAGGCGCAGGACGUGCCGCUCCGCGACGGCGCCAAGCCCGGCAAGGUGCUGAAAUUGGGCGACAUGCCCCAGCGCUACUACGACGACCUCCGAAGCGUCGCGUCCGAGGCGACGCUCGCGAGCCAGCUCUUCGCGGAGGGCGUCCGCGAGUCGGGCCGCUUCGGCGACGACCUGCUGGAGCGGGCGCCCUGGCUCCUGAGACCGCCGGCGACGACGCAGCCCUUCCGGCCCUACAGCGCGCGCUACCGCCACGCGAAGACCGUGCCCAACACGAACGAGCCCUACGUGCGGCGGAAGAUGUGGCUCCGGUGGCUCGUCGACCGCGAGCGAUCCGCGCGCGCCGCGUGCGUCGACGACAUGCGCCUCGUGUUCGGCUACGGCCAGUUCUCGCGGGCCGAGUGGCAGUUCGGCCCGGACGUCGAGGACGGCCGCGACGGCGCCGCCUGCACGCAGGAGCCGGGCUACCUCGGCGUCGAGGGCCGCGGCGUCCUCGACGCGGACGGCGCGCUCGGCUCCGGCGGCGCGCCCUGGGAGGCCGAGGGCGACCCGGCGGACAUGUCGCCGUUGAGUUUACGGAUCUGCGAGAUGGCCGGCGACGACGACGGCAAGGUGCCGGGCGUCAUCCGCGUGGGCUGCCCGCCCGACUCGUCGCGGCCGCCGUGCACGGAGCCAAAGGUCGAGGCGCCGGCGCUGCCGCGGUCCCAGCCCGUGGGCAUGUUCGUCAAGAGCGAGGCCUGCUCGUCGACGCAGUCCAUCACCGUGAGCAUCGUCCUCGCGCUCGACGAGCCGCGUCUGGCGCCGCGGUUCUGCGCGUGGCCCGUGGAAUCCGCGGUGAGCCCGUCGCCGCCGCUGGAGCCCCACAACCCGCGCAUCCCGCCCCUCGUGCCCAUCGUCGUCGCCCGGGGCCACUUCGUCUACUACGACCACCGGCGGGACGACCGGGAGACGCGGACGCCGUCGCCCGCGGUCGUCACGGUCAUGCCGUCGCCGCUCGUCCUCGUGCCCUCGGAGAGCACCGCGGACGCGCUGGCGGGCCGGCGCGCGGACGACGGCUUCCGGCGCCACAUUUUGAAUCCGCUGCGGUGCGCGUCCCUCGUGCACCCGGAGUCCUUCGCGCUGAAGCCGCGCGUCUUCGGCGUGCCCGAGCGGGCGUUCGCGGACGCCGCGGGGCCGGCCAAGCCCGCGGCGACGGAGCGGUCCGUCGCCCACAGCGUCCAGCGCUGCGUCGAGCAGCUCGUGACGGACUUCAAGGCCACGGGGUGCGGCGACGUCGUCGCGGGCACGGGCCAGGAGAAGGUGUCGCGGGGCCCCGAGCCCCACGUCGUCUGUUCGGCGCUCAAGGCCUGGAACGAGCACGACUACUCCCUCGACAAGAUCAAGCGCCGGUCCAAGCGCGCCUUCGACGUCGAGUACGCGGCGGUCGGCCAGCGGCGGCUGCGGACGCAGCAGCGCGACGCGGUCAAGGCGCAGCUCGCGGCCAUCGUCCACGGCGCCGCCUUCCACCAGGCCGCGGCGAAGAUGACGAAGCGGAAGCUGCGGGCCAAGGUGCUGCGCCUGGUCGCGGCCGCGUCCAUCGGCGGCCGGGGCAUCGGCGACAGCGACCACCGGUGGGCGACGCGGCUCCAGGACUCCAUGGUCCUAGAGAAGCGCGGCGUCUGGGAGCGGCGCGAGCACGGCGAGACGGGCGACGUCUUCUACUACAACACGGACGCGCUCGCGGACCCGCCGCGGCUCACGUGGGACGCGCCGGACCUGUGGAGCUUGGUGCCGACGCCGCGGAAGUCGAGCAAGGUCGCGGGCAACACGCACGGCGGCCUCGAGCAGCGCUCGUCGCAGAUGGACCUGGACGACGCCGUGGCCCGCGACAUCGGCGGCGGCGGCGUCGUCACGGCCUUCGCGGGCAAACAGGUGACGUUCGAGCUCGGCGACGACGACAUGGAGUUCUCCGCGUCCUACUCGACGAAGUCGUCGGAGAAGCGGCGCGCCGCGCGGCGCGCGGGCGUCAGCGACAAGGGCGCCGCCGACGCCCAGGCGACGAUGAUGAACCUCGAGGCCAUCGCGAACGAGAAGCGGAACGAGGCGUUCGUGGAGAAGCUCAUCAAGGACGACAAGCUCAUGACGAAGCUCGCGCUGCAGCUGGGCUACGCCGUGCAGGCGCCCGUGGACAAACGCCCGAAGGACCACGGGUCGGCCAAGGCGGUCCAGGAGCGCGCGGACGACCCGUGGCGUCGCGAGGUCGACGGCGACGCGCGCGACGGCGAGUGGUGGAGCGACGACAGCGACGAGGUCGGCGACUUCGAGGACUGGGAGGAGGACGUGUCGACGCGCGUCUUCCCCCAGGACCACAGCGACGCGCGCGACAUGCGCAUCACGGACAUCGGCCACCGGCAGGACCAGGACGAGGCGCUGUCGCGGGCCGCCGUGCCGGCCUUCGUGCCGCCCGUGGACGGCGUCGGCGCCCAGGGCUGGCGCGCCGAGGCGCCGGAGUACGGCCACGAGUCCUGGCGGCGCCUCGAGUUCCACCUCCGGGGGCGCUACUGGAUCCACCUGCCGCGCAUCGCGCCGCGGCCCGACUUCGUGGAACGGCCGACGCGGCGCGUGACGUUGGCGUCGGACUCGGCGGGCUGGGCGAACCGCGACAUGAGCAACUCGUUGCCGGCGCACUUCCUCGUGGGCAUCCACCGCCACAGCGCCGACGACCGGUCCUGGGGCGAGAACCCGACGGACUGGCGGCCGUCGUCGCAGCUGCCCGUCUUCUUCGUCAAGGACGGCCUCGACGACGUCGAGCGCGUGCUCGCGACGACGCGGCGGCGCAUGGACCGCGAGGCCAUCUUCCAGCAGCCCGUGCAGCUCGUGGAGGUCGUCGAGCGCGGGCCCCGCCAGAUGACGAUGGUCGACGAGGCCGUGCUCACGGACGAGCGCGAGGCCGUCCUCAAGGAGCACUCGCUCACCGAGGACGUCAAGGUGCUCCAGGAGCGCGCCAUCUUCGCCGCGCGCACGUCGAACAUGGCCGAGCUCGAGGCCUGCGUGGACACGAACGGCCUCGACAUCGAGACGCGCGACGACGCGGGCAACACGCUCCUCUGCCUCGUCGUGCAGCAGAACGAGAAGGCCGUGGUCAAGUACCUCCUGCGCCGGGGCGCCGACAUCAACGCCCAGAACUUCAAGGGCAACAGCUCGCUCCACUUCGCCUUCGGCUACCGCUACGAGGACCUCGGCAACUACCUCCUCUCCAAGGGCGCGAACGCGGAGCUCACGAACGAGGACGGCCACACGUGCUACGAGUUCCAGAGGACGGACUAA